AUGUAUAACGGUACGACCGAUCCAAAGGCGCAUCUCCAGGCGUUCCAUAUCACAAUGGGAAGAGCCAGGCUUAGAGAAAGCGAGAAAGACGCUGGUUACUGUCGCCUGUUCAUCGAAAAUCUCGAAGGUGCGGCGCUCGAAUGGUUCUCCCGGUUGAAGCGAAACUCCAUCGGAAGCUUUCGCCAACUCGCAUCGGAAUUCCUCCUCAAAUACUCUAUGUUCAUCGAUAGAGAAACUUCCGAUGUCGAUCUCUGGAGCUUAACCCAGGAAGAGGGUGAAACCCUCCGAGAGUUUAUAAGCCGUUUCAAACUGAUCAUGGCGAAGGUCAGCGGAAUCAGUGACAAAGUCGCCAUCGACGCGCUUAGGAAGGCGCUCUGGUACAAGUCAAAGUUCAGAAAGUGGAUAAUGCUCGAAAAACCUCGCACGAUCCAGGGCGCCUUCCACAAAGCCUCGGAUUACAUAAUGAUCGAAGAAGAGACGAAAGGCAGAACUUCGGAGAAUACAUGGAACCGUAACCAGAGUUACGACAAAAACGUCUACUGCGAGUUCCAUCAGACCGAAGGUCACUCAAUGGCUAACCGCAAAGUCGUAGGAGCAAGACUGGCCGCGAAGCUAAUUGCUGGAGAACUCUCUGGAGUAACCAGCAUCAAAGAUCUAAUCCUCGACUCCGACCGUCCGCCAAAAACCAACAAGAAUCCUCCCGCAGAGAACUCGUCGCCGAGAAAUCAGGCGGGGGAUAAACGCGAGAGAGGACCGGACGAUAGAGGAAACGAUAACUCCCGAAGGAGGGUCAACAUGAUCAUGGGAGGAUCCCAAUACUGCAAGGACUCGGUCUCAGCCAUCAAGGCCUACCAACGGAAAGCCGAGUCAACUGCGAAGUAUCCUCCACGGUCGCCUCCCCGAGACGGACAGAACACCUCGAUCACAUUCACUGAAGAAGAGGCCUGCGGAAUCGAUCAGCCUCACUGCGACCCCUUGGUCGUCGAUCUCGUGAUAAGAGAUCUCGAAGUUGCGAAGAUACUCAUCGACACCGGAAGUACGGUAAACUUAAUCUUCCACGAUACCUUAAGGAGGAUGGGCGUCAAGCUCGGAGAAGUCACCCCGGGAUGUGUGUGUCUUAUAUAG